AACACUCGAAGAGGCUGUGGUGGUCAACAGAUGCUUAUCGGAGUAUGAGAGGUUGUCCGGGCAGGUUGUAAACUUUAGAAAAUCCAGCAUUUGUUUCAGUCGCAACACCCCCACUCCGACAAGAGACUUUUUAUCUCAAUUUUUUGAUGUGGAGCAAGCUUCCGAUUUUGGUAAAUAUCUUGGUCUCCCCCCUUUCCUGGGAAGAAAUAAAGCUAAUGUGUUCUCAUAUAUCCAUGAUAAAAUUCGUGUGCGGAUGAGUGGGUGGUCAAAGAAUCUUCUCUCGAAAGCCGGAAAGGAUAUUCUGCUGAAGACAGUUGCGCAAGCUAUGCCUCAGUUUGCUAUGAGUGUUUUUUUGUUACCAUCUCAAUUUUGUCAGAGUAUUGAAAAGCUUAUGAACUCCUUUUGGUGGGGUGGGAAAGGGCAGAAUUCUAAAGGGAUCCAUUGGAUGUCUUGGACAAGGAUGGCAGUACCAAAGAAUUUUGGUGGUUUGGGCUUUAAACAGGUGAGAGCUUUUAAUGUGGUGAUGCUGGGAAAACAGGGGUGGAGGUUUCUCACCCGACCUGAGGCACUUGUCUCUCGGGUUUUUAAAGCAAUGUACUUUCCUACGUCUUCAUUUUUGGAGGCUCAUUUGGGGGCUAAUCCUAGUUCUUGCUGGCGAAGUAUUUUGGAAUCACAAUCACUGCUUUUGGAGGGUAUCCGUCGUAGGGUGGGUAAUGGUCGGGACACUUUGAUAUGGGGUAGUCCUUGGCUUAAUGAUUCUCAACAACCUUGUAUCCUUACGGAGAGACCACCGUUUAUGCCCAAUCUCCCAAUAAAAUUUCUGAUUGAGUCUGGUUCGCGUCAUUGGAAGGAGGAAGUGGUGCGGGAAUGGUUCUUGCCUGUUGAUGUGCAACGCAUUCUUGCACUACCUUUGGGCACCAUCAGUGAUGAUAACUGGUACUGGGAAGGGCCGUCCUGGGGAGCUUAUUCGGUGAAAGAAGGUUAUCGGCGUUCGGUCGGGGAGUUUACGGUCUGUCCGGGUUUUUCAAAGUGGCGUCAACUUUGGCGGGUUUUAGUGGCUCCGAAGCUCAAGGUCUGUGUGUGGCGAGCUCUUCGGGACAUUCUUCCGACCAUCUCUUCUCUUAAUUCUAAAGUCAUCGUGGGGGUUUGGGCGAUCUGGAAAGCACGCAAUAAGGCGGUUUGGGAGAGGCAGGUGCCCACGCCUCAGUCCACGGUGUGUUUGAUCUGGAAGCUGUGCAAGGAGUGGCAUGAGCGGGCUGUGCCGGACUGCAAUGGUAGGGGCUGGGCGGGCAGGGGGGUGUCGGGGACUGUGCAGGCAGGGCCGAGGGCUAUGGCAGGGGCUGUUGCUGGGGCAGUGUUGGGGGCGGUGCCGGGGGUUUCUUCUGCUUGUCGGUGUUUUGUUGAUGCUGCUUUUGCGCCGGAUAGUGGUAGGGUUGCUUUCGGGUGUGCUCUAUUUUCUCCGACUAACUGUUUUCUUGCUGCUAUUAAUGGGGAAUUACUAUGUUCUCCGGACCCUCUUAUGGCGGAGGCUAUGGCGUGUCGUGAGGCUCUAUCAUGGAUCAAGAUGCUUGAUAUUCAUAACGUGGAGAUCUUGAUGGAUUGUCAACGUGUGGUUUCGGCAAUUUCAGAUACUUCAUUCUCUCUUACUUCUUAUUUUGGUUCGUUAAUUUUUGACUGUAAGGCCUUGUUGGUCGGUUUUUGCUCUAGUUCUAUCAGUUUUGUUCGUAGAGAGUUAAACGUUGUUGCUCAUUCUCUUGCGAGGAGAGCAGAGGCCCGUCGUUCUGUUUGGGUUUCUACUCCCCCGAAUUUUGUAAUCCCUCUUUUACGAUAAUGAAGUUUCUUUACUUUCAAAAAAAACACACAAUCAUUCUUUUCUCUCUAUGAACAAGAUAAAAGAAAAACAAUUUUUUUUAUAUAAAAUUUGAGAAUUGAAUUCUCCUAAAUUUGACAAGUGGAAAGUGGCAAGCUACUUAGUAAUUU